UAUGUGGUGAUAUUGGUUUUUCCUCUAGUUUUACUCUCUUCUGGAGUUUCAAUAGAAACGUCACAGUAAAGUCUGUGGGAAAGAGCAGUUUCUGAGAAGAUAAAAUGUUGCUUAGUGCGGAACACAUAUACCUCACCACUUCCUCCUACGUCUCAUUUGGCAGAAUGGCUCUUAUCGGACUUCUCUUUGCUGUUCUUCUGCUGCGUUCAUGUGAAACACAAGGAUCCAGUGAUGUGACUUCUCUGUUUGUGCAGCGGGGAGAGGAUGUACACCUGGAGGUCACGGAACCUGUUCAACUCAACAUAAAGAUGGAUUUAUUCUGGAAAUUUAAUACCACUAACACUAUAGGAAAAUUAUCUUAUAAUAACCAACCAGUACUCUUUGACAGAUAUGAGGAAAGGGCUGAGAUUUUUGUACAAAAUCAGUCUUUGCUACUAAAGAAUCUACAGCAGAACGACACUGGAAAUUAUGUUGCCCUAGUGACUGGGGCAAAAGACCGAAAGGUAGCUGAAUACAACGUCAUUGUCCAAGAGCCUGUGUCUCCAGUUGAUUUAACAGUGAACUCCAGCAGCUCAGACAAUUGUAACUUCACUGUGACUUGCAGAACAAGGGGCUCUCACAGUAGCAAGACUUUUAGAUGUGACAAUCGGUCCUGCUCUGAGGAGAGAGGAGAGGAAACCACAACCUCUAUUAAUGUGUACGUGGAUGAAGGCUUCAUCAUCUGUAACCAUAGCAACAAAGUGAGCUGGAAACAAGACAGGAAAAAGGUUGAUUUUGUCUGUGGGGCAGCUCCAGUUACUAAUGAAGCCGUGAUUGUGUCUGGAAUUAUUGGCGCUUUGUUUGCUGGCCUUCUGGUUGCCUUUUCCAUUUGCCGUUUCAUUAGAUGUAGAAGAAAGAACUGCGAAAAUACAAUUUAUGAAGUUCCUCAGAACACUGGUCCAGGCCAACCUCUGAAUCGCAGUCCUACAGAAGAUGCUUCAACUUCUUCUCCAACCUCCACCUACGCCUUGGUCACGUUUCACACUGGACCCGACCAAUCCACCAAGACCAAGAACACCACCAUGCCAGAGACUGUGUAUGCUCAGGUUAACAGAACUUCCAAGCCCAAAUCUCCCCAACAACCAACACAGAGCUGAAAGACGGGGAUAAGAACUUUUUACAGAACUAUACACAUUGGACUGUAUAUAUGUAUAUAUAAAAUAAAUCCAUAAUAAAAAUAUUUAAAACAAA